AUGGCUAUCCUUAACUCGGACCAAGACGUUAAGAUAUACUUUGUCUGUGGCGUUUUCAGAUCACUUUCAGAUUCACUGCCAACUCAUUGCAGUCUAAGUAUAGAGUCGUUUUCCUUGCUAACUGAAUAUCAUGGAGUCGAUGGAUAUGAAUCAAAAGAGUUUGAAGCCGGAGGAUACAUAUGGAAACUGGUGCUGUACCCAAAUGGAAACAAGAAGAAGAAUGUGGAAGACCACAUCUCUAAUAAGGGAAUGUACUUGGUUCUUGAAGGUUUUGAUAAACUAAUCCCUCUUGAAGAAUUUAGGGAUGCCUCUAAUGGAUAUCUCGUUGUUGACAAGAUUAUAGUACUCUAUCCCGUGGGAAAUCGCGAGGGGAAAGAUUCUCAUCUUUCUCUAUACUUGGGAUUGGCUGAUAAACAAACAACUCCUACUGUCACUAAAGUAUAUGCAGAGUUUUCCUUACGCUUGAUGAUCGUUUCUUCUUCUGUAGAUAAGAUAUGUUUCAUCACUGCCGGUGAGCAUUAUGGUUGGAGUAAAUUCAUUCCACAGGCUGGUUUACGUCGUUUUUUGAAGAACGAUACUUUCUCAGUGGAAGCAGAGAUCACUGUUCUUGGGAUUGCUAAAGAACCCUCAGAGGCAGAGGACAUUGUCCAUACAACUGGGGAGGAGGGUUCAUGCAGGUUCCCCUUCAAUUCGUCUUUACUUCUCAAGUCCUUGUCCACCUUCGUCAUUGUGCUCAAUCUACUUCGGUUGGCCAGGUAG